GAAAAUUUAUGCUGCUCUAUUCUUUCCGAAAUCCUGAAGUUUGUAGAAUUUCGCGUCAUAAACUAAAAAGAAAGACCAAACUUGUGUUCAAGGCGUUCCUGGGGGGUGAUGGCACUCACGCCGACAGCGUCUCCCACAAAGAUUUCACCAUUUUUCUAUUGAUGAAACGGUCUUGUGUUUCUCUGCGUACAUUCGAUAUUUUUUGGUUAACCUGUCGGCUAGUAUGCUUUGAGCACGUGAUUACGAUAAACGCCGCGUAACUGGAGUUUAUAUUUGAACUUUUUUUGUCUGAAAGAAUUCGUUUAUGUACUACCGACGACAGAUUUGUUUUGUUGCACAUUCGCUCUCGGCUAGUGCCAUGGAUUUUCUUUCAACUCUUCACCGAUGUUGAUUUCAUCUCGUGUAGCCGUACAUAACGAUGAUAGAAUUACCGUUUCGAAUAUUCACUCGAAGGAAAAUUAACUGAAAGUCAGCUAUAAUGGAGAGUGGAAGUAAUUUGCUUACUCCGGGUAGUUAUCCUGGUGGAGAUCGUCAACAGUUUUGCGUAUCAUGGAAUUCCCAUCAGUCAAACAUGCACAGCGCGUUUCCAAAAUUGUUGAGUUCAGAGCAAUUUGUGGAUGUUACUUUGGCCUGCGACGGAGGAUCAAUAAAAUGUCACAAAGUGGUGUUAUCCGCUUGUAGUGAUUAUUUGGAACGCUUAUUGUUGGAAAUACCGUGCUCCCAUCCAAUUAUUUUUUUGAGAGAUAUGAAAAUGUGGGAACUUCAAGCUUUGGUGGAAUUCAUGUAUCGUGGAGAAGUAUACGUAGAGCAACAGCAACUUGCUAAACUAAUGCAGGCUGCUGAAGUUUUGCAGGUUCGCGGUUUAUCCACUCAAGGGAACGACAAUUGUUUAAGUAGUUUGCAACAAUGCGAUUCUAACGCUUCUGUUGCACCAUCUACAGCAGCACAACCGGAAGAACCCGAUUUCAAAAAAGAAGAUUCUAUGUCCGACGAUGGAACCUCAAGUACUAAUUUUUUGGAAGCUACCUCGCUUGCCGCGCCUAGUACGGCGAGCGCGAGUGCCCCGUCACACAGUAACACACCGGUUUCGCAAAAUCCCAAUUCCUCGAAUUUUAUGAACAUGGAGCACAGCGAAGCGUUACAACAUUUGGAGAAAGCACUUAGCGCUUGCGAAGCAACUUUAACUGAAACUCAAGGCAUGGUUAAAAUGGAACCGGACGAACAAUUUACUCAGCAGCAGCAAGAUAAACCAUACUCCAUCAGUAUGGUACCGAGCAGUAAUUGUAACCCUAGUAGUCCGUUCCCUGCGAUCGAAGGUUACCAGAGACGACAAAGACGCUCGGAAGAAGAAUUGAAACAAGCUUCGGAUAUGGUGGCACGUGGUAUGACGUUUCAAGUUGCUUCGGAAAAAUACAAAAUUCCGAUAAGUACGAUUCGAUUCUAUAUGGUUAGAAAAGGUAUAUUACAAAGGCGAAAACGCGGUCGUGGCUCGAGUAAUCUUGGCAUGAACAGUCAACCGGGAAGUCCCGCGAGUCCGCCAUAUCAUAUGAUGAAUUAUCGUUUGCCAGAAAGCCUAAACUCCAGCCUACCGUAGUGCUGUACGAAAAGUAGCGAGUUUUUAGAUUUGAGUUGAAUCGAACAAAUUUUUUUAUCGCCGUAUCGGAGCUGUUCCAGACUGUCACCGUUCGCAUCUUAAUUGACUCACACUGAGUUAUCCGUUUUUCUUUUCGCUUAUUUUUAUUUUUUUUUUUAUUUUUUUUAAUCUUUUCUUUUCGUUUAAUCAUUCACGACUCGCGAUCACCGCUCAUGUCCAGUGCGAGUGCGUUUUCGCCGAACUGCUCGUUAGAUUCUCAGCACAUUUAUUGCAUUUACGGAAGGCAGUAAUUUAUAAGGAAAUAAUUGACAAUGUGUACGUAUCGUACACGAUAGGUAUGAUUUUAGUCUCGAACAGCUCGAUUCCGUGUACAUAAAGGCACCAUACACGAACUUUCGAACGCAGCAUCGUGAUCGUGGAGGAUAGCGAUGAAAUCACAAAGAGGCAAUGUAUUUUGUUUGCUAAAUACCGAGAUUGGUAGACAAAUGAAUUUUUGCUAUUUUGAUUUAAUCGAAUAACCACAAGUAGUUUGUUCUUAUAAUUUUUUCUUUUUUUAUAUCUCUUUUUGUCUGUCUAUUAUAACGCGUAGAUUAAGGAAAUAGAUGUAUCGAUGCAGCGUUCGAAAGUCACCUGUACGGUUCAGUUUUUGGACCGUGUUCCGUUCUUCUACUUAGUGACAUAUACACCUUGCGUACAUUGAUAGCGUAAGAGGUAUUUUUUUGAGUCCUAUACACAGAUUGCUACAACAGAUUUACAAAACACGGUUCACAGAGAAGAUUGAACGCGUCACGCGAAUCAUAUUUUUACGAUCGCUCGAAAAUAAAUCUUUUGAUAAUACGUAUCCGUAGGGUAGGUUCUUUUUUAUUAUGUCGUAUUUAUAUAUGUAUAUGUAUAUAUGCAUAUAUAUUAGGAAUAUAUAUGUAUGUAUGUAUGUACGUAUGAAUGUAUAAAUAUGUGUGGGCGCUCGCGUGUGUAUAUUUCAAGAAAAAUGUGUAUGUAUUUCUCUGUUAAGUUGGUCCCUUCGAAUCGGUGAUAACGAUCAUUAAUCCAUGGUUCCGAGGUACCGAAUUUUCGUCAUUUUCUUCUUAUUGAAUCGAGCAGAAUGUAACAAGUUAUUCGCGGUAAAUACGCUCACUUUCUGAUCGGCAGGAAAUCGGUGGUAACGAUACGCUCGAAGCUCGCGAUCAUAUUCGAUGACACGUGGAUAUAUUGUAAUUGCAUCGAGAUCGUUUGCUUCGUUCACGAAUGAACAAUUUAGUCACUACAUUAAAGACUGGGUAAGACACGUGGCUGAGCAGCAACCACGUAGAAUCUUAUUGUACUGCAAAUCUGGAUCUAUAUUACACAAAUAUUUUUGUAGACACUUUGUCGCGGAAAGUGUCUUCUUUCUGCCUUUGUACGUGCAUGUGUACAUGUAUAUAUACGUCCUCUGACAUACAUAAACAUAAUGCAUUCUCAUUCAUUAAGGUACAUAUACCACACGGGUAUAUGUGUAUAUACACAUGCAUGUGCACGUAAAGAACACGUAUAUACAUACACAUAAAGUAUACAGUUGCGAGUAUAUAAGUUGUCGAUGCGUAUACAUUUACAUAUAUGUACAUACGUAGCACAUGAACAUGUAUGUAUUAAUAAUUUGAUACUCGACGCACGAAGAACCGGUACUCGUUCAAAGAAAAGUUGAUGAUCAUUGCUUCGUCAGAAACGUGAGAUAAUACGAACGAUCAUAGUACAUGGCGUAAUGCUUUUUACAUGCUAGUGUACAAAAAAAGAAAGAAGAAAAAAAAAAAUAAUUAAUAAUCAAUCGUCAGAAUCGAAGCAGUUUUCAUAAAAAUCGUUCAAAUACGCGAUCUUUGAAUAUUUUUACGAACACUGAGUCUGCCUUUUUGAAUGAUUACAAUGAUUAUUAUACAUUGAAACCCGUAGCGUACACGUAGUAGAAAUAUCGCGCGUGUUUGCGCGGACGUACACGGGUCCUCUAUACAAUGUAAAACGUAAAAAAAAAAAAAGAAAAAAAAAUACAGACACCUGUCGCGUACGAUACACGCAGCGCGCGCGCACGUAUAGACGUAUACGCUAAAUGUAACGUAAUCGUACAGUGUAUUGCCUUUGUUAAAUAGCAUUCGGAUAAAGCCAUAUUUUUCCAUGCGAUGCAAUAAUACAGCAAAGUAAAAUUACCGUAAAUGUGAAACAGCCUAAAUAGAGAAAGAAGAGUGCCAGAUAUGAAAAAAGAUAAGCGACGGAAAUGAGAAACGAACGUAAAACUAAAGUAACGAAAUGGAGAAGAACAGGAUGAAGGAUUAACAAAAGAGUUGAUAGAAUGAAUAACGGACGCGAUCGGUAUAAAACGCUGUACAGAAAAUUUCCUAUCAUUCAGAACGUAUCUGCCUUUUAUUCUGGCCUCGUGAUGAUAAAUCCUGACUUUAUUUAUACUUGACAAUAUAUGGGAUACCGUGUAAAAGAGCAACUAAAAAAAAAAAAAAUGAAAUGAAAUUAGGGUAGGAAACUUUGCGAACGUUUGGUUUCUCGCGGUACGCAGUCAAUCUUAGAGUUCGUGUCCGCUUUAGACGGAAACGGAUCGAGAUAAUUCGUGGCAAAAAUUUCAUUUUUUAACUCGUCUUUACAAUACGGCUCGCGGUAAACGAUUUUCUUUGCUUUUCCUCCUUCUUUCUCCCGCCUUUUUUUUUUCUCUCUCAUCUUUUCGCCCGCUUCCAACUCUCUCGUUCAUCAACCCCACAUUCCCUUUUUAUUUCUCUACCGUCUCCCACUAUUUAUCGCGCCUAUUUCCUAUUUUAAACUCUUGCCUUUAUCGCUUGGUUCAACGAGACGUUGGCAGAAGGAGAAGGAUAGAAAAAAAAAAGAAGAAGUAUACAAACGUUGACGGUUUCAUUGAAAAACGCACGCGGUAUUGUUUGAAAAAGAAAUGGAAAAUAGGAGGGGGGAAGAGGAAAGAAAUUCGUAUCCCGCGAAUCAUUGUUCAAAGAGUUCCAGUUGACAAAGGUUUUAUACAGAUCUAUUAAAGAAAAAAAAAAAAACCAGUAUUUCAAACCAAUGAAGAAUAAUUAGUUUUCUAAUAAUAACGAUACAUUUUACGUGAAUUUAGUACAGUGCUUAAGUCAGUAAUGCUCAGCAGCGUAUCUAACAAAUAUUUUUAGUGGAAAUCCGUGUCAUACUCACGUGUAUUAUAAACGCCCUUAAAGUAUGUAACUAAACAACAAUCAAAGAAGAGUUGGACGGUAUACUUGACGACUGUUAUUUACUAUAGCCGUUUUCUUAGAAAUACGCGUAGAUCGUAGCCAUUUCGAGGCAGUUUACGUUAUAUUUAAUUAGGUUUAUCGCUUUGAACUACACUCUUGUAGCGGUAUUAUUAUUUGUAGAUAAUGUUUGCGAUUAUACUUAUUACGAUGAUCACAGCCGAUCGCUAUAUUAAGGAUUUCGUUUUAACAGUUACCGAGAUCAAUAUCCCGCGUGUAGUAGUAGAACGCGAUCGAUUGGUCUACACGUUGUUUCUCUAUUUUUUUACAAACGUCUAUUUUCUAUUAUUUCAAGUUUAUUUGAUCUUUUGCUAUUGUACUUUUUUUCUAGAAUCUAUUUCCUAUAUAAUUUUACAUUAAACCGUAACUUUUGGUACGGUGCGGAAAAAAAGUGUCGGCAAUAUUUGUCGAAAGAUUAUGAGAACGGGGACCGAUCGAUCGCUUCUUGGCUCGAAUUACGAUCACCAAGUUCUCUCUAGAUAUUUUUCAAUGAAAACACAAGCCUAUGAAAAGUCCAAUUUUCUAAGCGUAGGUUCCUUAAGAGACUAACAAAUUUAGCGUGACCGUUUGAAAAAAAAAAAAAAAAAUAGCGUGGCGUUUGCGCGCGUACAAUUUGUAAACGUCGAGUCGAACGUUGGCCCGUACCUCGGCCCGGAAACGAAUAAGACCGGUGCGCGUUGUAUCCGGUCGAUGGGGGUGGCGAUCGUUGGACGCGAGAGGACAAUCGAGACGCGCGUAACGGCCUCGCCGUUAGACGGAUAAAUUAGCGGUUAGCUGGAGAAAGAAAAAAAAAAAAACGUAGGUACACGAUGAUGCGUUGUGCGCGAAGCCGCGCGUCAUUCGGUUCGAUCGCUUUAUCGCGAAAGUGUAUGCCUGCCUGUCUGCGUGUUUAAGCGUGUGUGCCUGUUGUACUGCCGUGUGUGCGUGCGCGUGUUUCCUGAUCGAUAGGAGCAGCAGAGAAGAGGAGAAAAGGAGGAAAAGAUGAAGGAAAUGUUGGAGGAAACGCGGAAGAAGAUGAAGAGGAAGAAAGUAUCGAAUUGUAUUUCUUUUUCUGAUUUUUGUUUCUACGCUUUUGUCGCGGCCCUGUUGAAUGAUACGGAUGCGCCGAGAGGAAAAGAGAGAAAGAGAGAGAGAGAGAGAGAGAGGGUAUACAAGGGCGACCGCGUGGUUCGAGCAUUUAUCAAUCUGAUUUCGAGAGAAAGUUUGCGAUCGACCAGAACGAUCCCGAUUGUUCAAAGCAUCUAUUAUUCUGUAAUCGGCGUUACGCGAAGGAUAGUAAACCGGAAGAGAAGUUUCUUCGAGUCGCAACGCAUACGCGCUUCUGUACAGAAUUUUUCGUAGGUUGUUGCGAAUAUUUCCAAGAUAAAAGAAGAAGAAGAAAUUCUGCACUUGUCGGCUUCGUGAAAAUUCAA